CAACCGUAUUCAAACGCCAUCUUUCUUCUCAUUUGGAGCAGUUGGCGUUGUUUGCCAUUCCUUUUGACUCAGCUACUAAGGAUGAGAUCAAUUCAAAUGCCGCCAUCGAAGCGAAUGCAGAUGCUCGUUCGGACGGGUCAGGUCUCUCAGCCCUCGUCUUCGACAGUUCUAGGCCAUCAUCUCUAGCAAGCAAAGAAGACUUAUCUGAUGGCGUCUUAGUUACAGGAGGAGAGGUCGAGGCAGCGACAGAAAACGAGGAACGUGAAACAGAAGAGGCCAAGCUUUCACUCAAUCAAGGAGAAUACGACAUCUCAUCGUGGAAGCGCUCAAGUAGCGAGGACAGCACGCGGUCCACGCCCGCCAUACUGUCACACAUGCAGGACCCUACGCCAUACCCCACAUUCUUGCAGUUGACCACAGUAGACAUACAUCAAAAAUUCAUUGAUGUGGAGUGGGAGCAGCGGAACCGCUUAGCCAGGGGUGUGCAUGAUAAGGAGUCACAAUGGUCGAUAUGCGGCAUUGAAAUGACGAACCGCAACCGCUACGCCAAUGUCAACCCAUAUCAAUCUAACCGCGUGAAGUUACAGGUUCCCGAAGGCCAUAACGACUACAUCAACGCCUCGCCGAUCCUACUGCAGUCCACCGCUUCGAAGAAAGUCACCAAGUUUAUAGUUACUCAGGGCCCCAAGCACGACACCUUUUCCCACAUAUGGCGUAUGAUUUGGCACGAGAACACAUCCCCAGCCGUUGUGGUCAUGCUCACGCCGACCCACGAAUCCGGCCGUGAGAUAUCCUGCCGAUACUACCCACAAACCCUAGCCGCCUGCGACAUGAAGGUCAACGAGGAGGACGAAUUCGAAGACGGCCUGGAACACAACAUAAGACUAACCUCUUUGAAUGAGAAUGCCGAGACAAGAACGCAGCUCAGGGAACUGGCCAUGACCACCGAGGACGGAAGCGAGUCGAAAUUGAUUUAUCAUCUCCUGUUUGAGGGAUGGCCUGAUUUUCUGGUCCCCGAGGGCGCCGACCGAGAAGCCCUCCUCAAGCUCAUCAAACUGUCUAGAGAACUAAAUGCCGAUAAUUCGACGAAUCCCCGCAUCGUGCACUGCAGCGCGGGUGUUGGCCGCAGCGGGACCUUCAUCGCCCUCGACUGGCUGUUACAAGAGCUGGAGGAAGGAAGUCUUGACGACCUGCCGGAGGACCACGAUCCGAUUGCCGAAGUUGUGGAUCAGCUACGCCAGCAGCGUAUGAUGAUGGUGCAGGGCGACGCACAGUUCGGGUUCCUUUAUGAGGUCCUGCGCGAGAAGUGGCGGGAUCGGUAUUGGAAGCUGCACCCAGAGACCGCUGGGAAAGGCGGUCCGGAAGACAGAGCGCAGACGACGCAAAAGCAGACGACGCAAAAGGGGACGAGCAGGCACCAGAGCAAGAAAUCGAAGUCGGACCUGGAUGAGGAUGCUCAUGCGGAGUUGCAGGCUGAGCUUGCGGGCGCGGACAGCAGCUUCUGAUCCUGUCCGGCGUUCGUGCUUCUGCUUGAUGCGCUCAGGCGAACACUGCAUUAACUGUUGAUACCUUCAGCUGGCAUCCUGCUUACCGGGUUAAAGCCUCACAUUUAUGAACUCCCGUACGAUGAUGAGGCAGUGCGAGCGCUGGUGGGAAAGGUGGGCGAAGCUGCACCCUGUGGUAGCAGAGCGACUGCGAGUUGAGCCAAUCAUUGGGCCUAAGUGUAAGAAGACAAGGUUGAGCAUCGGGAGUGAAGUGAGAUGAGGAGAUGCGGGCGCAUCUGGAGGCCGAAUCGAUCGACGCUCAGCUAGAUUUCGACAAGGGUAAGACUUAAACGAUCAUCGACGGCUUGUUCCUUUUCCGAUGACUGCAGAUUUUGGUCUGGCCUGGCUAUCCCAAUGCCGGGCAGCACAGCUUACUCGGGCCCCGUCGGGUUUUUUCAGAAUACUCUGUCGAUUAGCCC